AUGCAUAUCUCUGCACUUCUAGGCCUCGGUGCCGCUACUCUUUCCACUGCGGCCGAAUCGCGAAACAUAAUCUACUAUGACCAAUGGCAUACCAAGGAUCUUCCCUCCAAGGACAUCACCAGCAGCGUUACCCACGUCAUGAUGUCCUUCGCCAACUCAUCUCUCUUCACCACCCAGCCUGGUGGAAAGUACGAGCCCUUCCAGCCCCUCGAGACGGUGCGUGGCCUCUUCGACCAUGAGAUUAAAGUGUGCCUUGCUAUUGGUGGCUGGGGCGACAACGCCGGGUUUGACGAGAGUGCCAAGACCGAUCGCAGUCGCGAGAGGUUCGCCAGGAAUGUCGCUUCUACUCUUGACCGACUUGGCUUUGACUGUGUUGAUAUCGACUGGGAGUACCCUGGUGGUAACGGACAGGACUACAAGCAAGUCCCCAACUCCAAGAAGACCUACGAGAUCAAGGCUUUCCCCAAGCUUCUGAAGGAGAUCAAGAAGUUCAUUGGAGAGAAGGAGCUUUCCAUUGCUGUUCCAGCUCUUGAUCGUGAUAUGAUCGCUUACAUUCCUUCUGAGACUCCUCUCAUCAACAAAUACGUCGACUUUGUUAACGUUAUGACAUAUGAUCUCAUGAACCGUCGUGACCAUUACACUACCCACCACGUCUCCAUCCAAGGCGCUGCCCGUGCCAUCGACAAGUACAUUUCUCUUGGCUUCCCUCCCUCCAAGCUUGUUCUCGGAAUUCCCUUUUACGCCAAAUACUUCACCACCAAGAAGGGCUACGCCUGCACUGAGCCUAUCGGUUGCCCUACCGAGCUUCUUGAGAACCCCGAGGACGGAAGCGACACCGGAAAGUCUGGUUCCAUGACUUUUGAGGCUGCCAACUUCGCUGCCGCUCCCAAGAACCUGACUACCUCUACCGAUGCUACCUGUGGUGCUGGUACCUUCUUCAAGUGCGCUGAAGGUUCUUGCUGUGCAGCCUCUGGCUGGUGUGGCUCUACUCCCGCUCAUUGCGGUGUCGGCUGCCAGUCCGCCUAUGGCAAGUGUGACGGCGUUGAUAUCAAUAACUCAUUCCACAAGGCUCUCGAGAACGGCCGCACCGACACAGUCAACGGAGGCCAGUGGUACUGGGAUGCUGAGACCCGUAUUUUCUGGUCCUGGGAUACUCCUGAGCUCAUCGCCCAGAAGAUUGCUCUCAUGGCACAGACUCGCGGUGUCAAGAGUGUUAUGGCUUGGGCUCUUGCUCUUGACAGCAACGACUGGAGCCACCUCAAGGCUAUGCAGCAGGGAUUCCAGGACGUCAACGCUUAA